UCCACACAAGAAUUUUCCACAUUGCAGUGUAUUUUAUAAAAUAUACCGUGACGAGUUACGUCAUUUACAAAGCAAUAUUUAUAUAAUGCAUUUGUGAUACAAAAUUAUAUCCAAGACGUGUUAGCCUGCAAAAUGUCCUCAUUUAUAAAUCAUAGAAACGAAAGUACAGUGAGUGUUGUGGAAGCAAGUGCGAAAGAUAACGUAACGUUUUAUAAAAUCGUAAUAAAAGUGGGUUCAGUGCAGUGGAGCGUUCUGCAUCGGUACAGUGAUUUUGUGGAUCUGAACGACAAGUUGGUGGCUGAUCAUGGGCUGGCCAAAGACCUGUUGCCACCGAAAAAAGUUAUACGAAACAAAUCACCAAAAUUUGUGGAACAGAGGCGAGAAGCGUUGGAUGUGUAUUUAAAGAAUGUUUUUAACUUCUUGAAGCUGUCGAUGCCCACAAUUCUAGCUCACUUCCUGGAUUUUCACUUGUAUGACAUAUUUUUUAUCCUGCAAGAGUUGGCUAAGAAAUUAUUUUUGGAUGGGGACAAACUACUAGAAUGUGAAAAAACGCAUAAGUUUAAGCCUAUAGAGUUACAUGCAAUAAGUGAACGACUCAAAAUGGCAUGUCCACAAACUGAAACGCAGGAUAAAAUGUACGACUUCAGUCAUGUACUGGAUUUCUGCUCCCAAGUCCGAUCACUGAGCAUUGAAGGUAGCUACGAGAAGCUCGGCACGAGUAACAUCAUACCAAACAAUCUGCAGUUUGAUCUGAUACCGUUUAAGGCGUUGUUGGAGUUGAAAAUAAUGGGUGUGCCCAUGAGUUGUAUUACUAGUGUUGGAACAUUGAGGGAGACUCUAGUUAGUUUAUCAGUAUUAAUAGCGUCUGUGGUCUCACUGAACGAGUUUCUUCUGGUGGAUGUACUACACAAGGAACCAUCAAGUCUCGCUGAUACUGUGAUAUGGAAGAAACUAUCAAGCAUAGCGUUCGCGAGCAACAACAUAAACAGCAUCGACUGGGCUAUCAAGCUGGUACCCAAGCUGCAGCACCUCAACCUGUCGUCCAAUAAGCUGGACCAGCUGUGCGACAUCUCCAGCCUCCACCAGCUCCAAGUCCUCAACCUGUCCAUGAACAGGUUCCAACUCUGCGAAAAUUGGCACGCCAAAAUAGGUAAUAUCGUCAAAAUAGACCUGUCGCAGAACAAAGUGGAAUCUCUACGAGGUUUCUCCAGGUUAUAUUCUUUGCAGAGUCUGGACUUGAGCUGCAAUUUGGUUACCGAUGUGGAGGAGGUGCAGUAUAUCUGUAACCUCCCGUGUUUAGAGUACCUCCGUUUGACGGCCAACCCAGUGGCUUCAUCCAUAGACUAUAGAGUGAAAGUCAUAGAGCAAUUCAACUCUAGAAUGACAGAAAUAUAUUUGGACAACGAAAAAGCUUCAGAGAAAGAGUUGGAUACAGCACUAGUAUUGCAGGCUCUAAGAAUAGUGAAGGAAGGUAAGACGCCAUCGUUCCUACAGACGAGCCAGACUAGCCACAAUUUUAAUAAAAGUUGACAGUAGAAUAUACAUUGGCGUAUAACUGACAUACAGAACCUACAAGGAUGUUUUGGCGCGUGGACGCAGAGCAAUGUCAUUUUGGCCAUGUUCGCAAUGAUAAAUAUGACAGAAAUACGUGAGAUUAAAACAGCUGUCUCAAAUGAAACGUUUUACCAAAUGGCGGUGUUCUGAUUUUGAAUGCGUCAAAACAGCCUUGAAAGUCUGUUGAAAACUCUUUUGUGCGUGGCGCUAUGUGUGGGUAACACACACACACAGGCGCGUAUGUAUGGGGUCGUGACACUAACAACAUUACUAACAUUUAUACGUGGGAGAGCCAUGCUUAGGCACGAAUGGGCCGGCUUGA